GUGUUGCUUAUGUACAUGAUCUGAAUCAGCUUGUGGCGGCGUGAAGGCUUGUGUUAUUAACAAUAAAAUUGGAUAUUAUGUAAUGUAAGUCGUUUGUAGUGAAAUAUGAAUUAAUAUUAUGUAACUUUUUAACUGACUUGAAAUUAAAGUGCAAUUUGAAUCCAAUAAAUGUCAAUGGCCCCUCAUCAAAAUGUUACUUUCAAUCAGAGAAUAUUAUUCUUUAUACAACUUAUACUAAAAAAUUACUAAUGAAUAAUAAACUAAUACUAAUAGUUUAGAGGUGACACCGAUUGAAAAAUUGCAUAUUUAUGUAGCACACAGUACUCAUUCAAACCGAGAUUCAUGAAAGGAUAACCGAUAACGCAUCCAUUUUUCACAAAUAAUGUAACCAAUCCAAAAGCAUACUUUUUUAUUAAAAGUUCAAGGAUGAUUAGAUGAUGACUCAGAAAUGAGAAGACCCUAUGUUUAGCCUAGUUUAGGUCAGAAAAACACAGUCAUUAUUCCACGCUGAUUGAAGUGUUUGGUAACUAGCUUAAGUGACAGGAGGCUAUAUUUAUUUAAUUUUUGAGAAAUAGGGCUUUCCAUUGAUACCAAAUAAGUGUGGUCGGGCGGUUAUAAUAUACAUAUAAAAAUCUGUAAAAAUUAAAAACAUUAAAAAUGAAUUUUACCCAUGUAUUUGGUUAAAAAAUAUAUAAUUUUACACAAUUUUCAAUCUUUUAAUGAUUCAUUCUUUUUUAUUUAAAUAAAGAAAAGUUUUUUGAAGCCAUAUAUAUAUUAUAUAUCGAAACCCAGAAAUACUCAAAAAUUAAUAUUUUCCCCCCAUUCGUCGCUAGUAUUGCCCUUAAACAUUUGAGCACAAUUGUCACAUUUCGAAUGCUGGGUUUUACCUGCUACCUUUAUGUGUUGUAUUUUGGACAGUGCUCCGGUGGGUUUUUUUUAACUAUCGCCAGUAAUUAUUUGUUUGUUGUCUCGAACAUGACAAAAUUAAAACAUUUUUAUUGUUCAAGAUUAUUAUAUCACGCCACAGGGCGUGCACAAAUCUAAAUGGCCAAGUGGCUGUCAGCAGUGAAAAGCAAAAAAGAAAUUACGUUACUCACUAAAAUCACUACCUGAAUACUUGCUUCGAAAGGUCAAGAAACAAAUAAUGACCAGGGUCAGGAUUCAUCAAAGACGUUCCUCAGCCUACCAUUGGUACUGAUUCUCAGGUUACCAGCAACAUGCAUUCUUUUCAGCAAAUAGUGGAGAAAAUGGAAUAGAUUGACGUGAAAGCACAAACAAAAGAUAUGGAUGGUUUGGAAACAAAAUGUUUGCUGAUAAUGUUGAUUCAAACCAUGUUACUGUAAGUCUAAUGUCGAAUGACAAAAACUGGUACAUUUGAUCAGAUGCUUCCCUCUGGAAUGUACCAGUUCCAGAUUAUUUUCUGCAUGAAAUUAUUAAAAUAUGGAGUUCCUCAUUUCAGAACAAGGGCGGAUUAUUCAGCAUAAUGAAAAGGCAAAAUGCGAAAUUUAAAGGAGGUGUUCGCCAACUAACAAAACAAUGGAUCUACGGGAUGAUGAAAAUUGGAGAGAAAAUACUGCUGUCGUGGAUGGUUUAUUCACUCGUCAGUCAGAAAUUGUAUUGUUUUUGCUGUAGAUUAUUUGCUGUCAAUGUUACAGAAAUAACAUCCACAUAUGUUACUGGCUUUGAUAAGUGGUGGAAACUGAGCCCAAAAAUACAAAAAUCAUGAGACAUCGGAAGAGCACCUAUGUUGCCUUGAAAAGUGGAAAGCAUUGGCAGCAGGACUUAAGAUACACAAAACAAUGGAUGCCGAAAGUAUUGCUGUGAUGGACAGGGAGAAGACCAAGUGGAGGGAUAUCCUGCACAGGUUGCUGGAUAUCACAUUGUUUCUUGCAAAGCAAAAUCUUGCAUUUCAUGGCCACAAUGAAGAUAAAUCUUCACUGAAACUUUCUUGAAAUGGUUGAGAUGCUAUCUAAAUAUGACCCAGUGCUAAAAGUUAGUUAAAGAGCAUCAAAUGAGACUUAAGAGGAGUACAUCUACAGAAAAAGAAUCCGCAUUUUACCUUUCACCUGAAACCCAAAAUGAAUUUAUAAGUGUCCUUGCAAAUCAUGUGAAGGAGAUACUUAUCAUGGAUAUAAAGCGUGCGAGGUAUUUUGGAAUUAUUUUCGAAAGUACUCCUGAUACAUCACAUAGUGACCAGAUGUUUGAAGUGAUCUGAUAUGUGAUAAUCCACAAUGGGAAAGAGAAGAGUGUUUCUUGCAUUUUUCCCGUUAAGAUGGAAAAAAGCUGAUGAUCCCAGUUCUUACAUUCUUACACUAAAACGUGAUGGACUAGACAUAAUGAUUUUCAGAGCUUAAGGUUAUGAUAUUGCUGCCAUACUGUAUGGAAUCCAUGGAGGUGUUCAAGCCAUUUGGAAAAGAAUAAAUAAUAAGAAAGCAAUUUUUAAAGUAUGUGUGGGCCAUUCAUUUUACUUGUGUGGUCAACACUUUUUUGCAGAAAAUGCUUCAUGUAUUACAUUAUUUGGUACUCUUGAAAGAAUAUUUUCCAUCUUUGCUGCAUGCACUCAUCGAUGGCAUGUUCUAAUUGAACACACUGGAAUGUGGUUGAAAAGACUGUCAACAAUGCGUUGGAGUGCUCAUCAUGCUGCUGUUAAAAUAGUGAAAGGUGAGUUUGAUGAAUGUAUGGCGGCGAUUGAAGCUAUGUGUAAUCCUCUUGAAAUUUCGAAUACAAGAGGUCCAGCACAAGGUCUUUUACACGCUGUCUGUGAUUUCACGUUUAUAUGCUACCUUUACCUUUGGGCUGAUCUACUUGAGGAAGUUAAUCUUACACAGCAGUAUCUGCAGACUUAAGGCUUUACUCUUGACAAAGCGGUAACAAACUAGAGGCCUUAAGAUUGUCUCUGCACAAGAAGCGCCGUCACUUGGUGGAACAUGCUUUUGAAAAGGCACUUUUAAAAUCAGAUGAAUAUGGAAUUUUGGUAGAGUGAAGAUUAAGGUUUAAGAAGAGAAUGACAGGAGAAAAAUUAAUUAAUAGAUGAUGGACACUUUCUGCGAGAAGAAAACAAUAGGGAGAUGCUUGAGUGUAUUGAUCGCUUUCAUUCUGAACCCCACAUCAGAUAAUCAACAAUCAAGGAAGUACCAGGUAUGUUUGGGGCUGUUCAACCCAAGAGUCUAGUAUCAGCAAGUGAAGAAGAUUUAUUGGUGUCCGUUCCAAAUUUAAAUUCUUUCUAUGAGCUAUCGGAAGAUGAACUUUUAAGAAGAAAUAUCAAGGCUUAGAUGACAUCUAAAAGCAGCUGAUUUCUCAAUGCCAUGGACUGGUCAGCAUUUUAUGUUUUGAAAUUCAUAGCUGAAUGGGACUUCCUAAAAUCUCAUCCAAUACUCUCGCUAAGCCUUUCAUUUUUUCUUAUGAUAUGUGUGUAUGUGGCUUCAUGUGAGUGGAGCUUUUCAAAACUAAGGCUUAUCAAGAAAAAUUAAUGAACCACCAUGUAACAGUCAAGGUUUUCUGAUGUGGCUCUGCUAUCAAUUGCAAGUGGUACAGUAAACAACAUUGAUUUUGAUCAAGUGAUUGACUGGUUUGCAGCUUUGAAGACAGGGAAAGGAAAAUUUUAAAUAAAGUACAUUUAUUGUAAAUACAACAAUAACUUAACAUUUUUAAAUAUAUUAACCUCAUGACCUUCGAUUUAUGUGUUUUUGUUCUUGUUAUUGUUUUACUGUGGACGUAUUUUAACCAGAAGAAUGAAAUUUGGGGGGUGGGGGGGAGGGGUUGACACCAUGAGUUUAACGCACCGGGUGACACCAACCCUAGAUACACCACUGCUAAUACUACAUUUUUUGUGUUGCUUUUUUAUUUUUUUUACAUUUUUUGUUUAUUGGUAUAAAUUUAAUACUAAGUAAACUAAGUUGUCAUAUCAUACAAUUUAGUAUAGUUAUAUAAGUUUAUAAAUAAAAGCCCAAGUGUGUGAGUAUUAUAUUUUUAGGUAAGUUUAUUAUUUAUGAUUAACACUUUAGCCCAGGCCUGCACAACAUAUGGCACGCGGGUCGCAUGUGGUCCGCCAGCAACCACUUUGAGGCCCAUGAGGUAACGAAAAACUCUUUAUUUUUAUAAUUUUCUUAAUAGCUUUCCCUCCUGACCUAUAUUAUUUUGGCCCGCAUAAGUCCUGUCCUAUUUUCUUUUGGCCCGCACAAGUUUUUCACAAUGUAUUACGGCCUGCCUUACAUUUUUGAGUUGUGCAGGCCUGCUUUAGUCUAAAAUUUAGUCUUAUUAGUUUUAGACCUGCCUAAAAUUAAAUUGAUCAUUGAUAUUGAUAAUUUUGUUAUAAUUCUAUAAAAUAAUAUAAUAUAAUUAUUGUAACAAUAAAGAUAAUAAAGUAAAAGGACAUUUUUUCUUUACAAUUUUUUACUUUUAAAUUAGGUGUGGCAUAUAAUUUUUUUGGCUAAUGACACUAAUGUUGUUUCAGUCGUGCCACUUUGAGUUUCUGUGUAGGAUUCUCUCCCUUUAGUUUAUUCUUGGCGUGUUACCAGAGUUAAUUUUUCCUUAUUUUGAAUAUUAAUAUACUGAUGGAAUGUUUUAAAUUAUAAUUUCAUUUGGUGGUUAAUUAUAAUAUUUAAAUUUUCCAUCGUCUUAGAAAAUGGGUAGGCGGGUUAGGCCUAGUAUUGUAUUCUAUUUAUUUUUCUGUCAACAUUUGGAUUUUUUUGGGGGGGCGAACCUGCAUAUAAAUUUGUAAAAGUGUUUACUAUGAAACUGUACAUUGCACUUACAUUAUUGUUUUAUUAUUAAAAUACUUUGUCUUGUUAAUCUUCAUUUUUACUCAUUUCUUACCACAGAGGGUAACUGUAGCAGACAUGUUUUAGAUGAGGGAAGGGAGUGACCGCAGGUCAUUGACACUUCUUGCCAUAUCUAGAGUCUAGAGGGAUACAAUAAAGUUGCUACGCUUGCCACGAAAUUUAUUCACUGGCUGAAAUUGUUUCAUUAAAUUUUUUUAAAGUUUUGUUCCUAAAUUUGUUUCUCUCACUAAGUAGCUAAAACAGCACAUUCUCUCUCUUUUCCCUCCCCAUUUUAGCAGACAUGUGUUUGCACUACUUUUUUUUUUUUUUACCCGGCUGCCAGCUUGGUUGCCAUGACUAGUGCCUUCAAAAAUUAAAUAAAAUAAUUUUUUAAUUUUUUUUAGGUGCACAUCCCUCCCCAUUUUAGCAGACAUGUGUUUGCACUACUUUUUUUUUUUUUUUUACCCGGCUGCCAGCUUGGUUGCCAUGACUAGUGCCUUCAAAAAUUAAAUAAAAUAAUUUUUUAAUUUUUUUGAGGUGCACCUUCAGUCCUGAAUUCUACUACUCUGCCUAUCCUAAUGCUAAGUCAGUAUCCCUAACUCAAGCGUUAAAUUCCCCUAAAUUUAGCCCCCCUUAACUUGAGUGUAAAUUUCACCCUAAAUUUAGCCCCCUCUCCUAAUUUAAGCAUUAAUCUUCAAACCUAAUAUCUAUUACCUAAUACCGAACAUGAAACCUAAAACCAAGUGUUCGUGUGCUACUGUUACACACUGUACUGUAUUGAGAAAAUCGUAAAUUUGAUUAAAAAGGUUAAAAUUAUUUGUAAUAUAUUCAAAAUAAUUUUAAUAAACCCAGCUUACAGUUUCAUCCAAUUCACUUUUACACACUUUGGGGUAGGUUCCACCAAAAAUAAAAUCUAAAAGUUAUCAUAAAAAUCAAUACCCUUUCCAAGAUGCUGCAAAACUUUUGCCUCAUUUUAAAUAUUAUAAUUAGACACUCAAUGAAAUAUGAAUUUAAAACAUUUUAUAGGUUUAUUAACAUUAAAAAACAGAAAAGUUAAUUCUAGUUACAAUCCAUAAAUUUAAAAAAAGGGGAGAAAUCUACACAGAAACUCAAAUUCGCGCUCUGAACAGGCAUUAGCCAAAGUAAUUGAUUGUCUUUUAAAAAAUCUCAUAGUAAAUUGUUUACCCGUAAUUUCUAUUAAAUUAUUAAAAAUUGUGUCUUAUUUAAUGUGUUUUUUUAAAUAAUCCCAUAGAAAACAACCCUAUGUGACAUCAUAUGUUGGAGUUGUUUGCUCUGCAGCCAUUCCAGACUAGAAUAAAUAAAAACAAUGCCAUUUGAAACAAUUUAAAGUUUCACAUAAUCUUAAAUUAUUUGGAGGUCCUAUUGCUGAAAGUAAAAUGGGGUGUGGUGCAUCCCAGUCUUCAGAAAGAGAUCACUCAAAAAAGGUUGACUUCAGAGAGAGUGACCAUUCACACUAUGACGAAAGAUUUAGAAAUAACCACAGAACAACAGAUAACAUAGACGACAGAAGAGAUCUUGAACUCGUGGAGAGUAACAGACAAAGACAUAACCUCAGUGAAAAUUCUAAGCAUAAUGAUUGGGAAGAUCCCUAUUAUGGUAGUGAGGUGCACAAUUUAGAAAUGGGAAAGGAACAACAUAGGGGUCAUGAUGACUACUUCGACAGUUCUGAUAGACACAACUUAAAUGGAGAAAACUAUGAUGCUUAUUCUGAGUACAGGGAUGAGCGUAACAAACCAGUACCUCACACACCAAAACACACUACUAUAAAACCACCCCCAACUGUGUACGAAGAGGAUGAUACACCAUUUGAUGAUGAUGGUAUUGCAGAUUAUGAAGGCUACCAAAAGAAUAGUGUGGGACUCAUGAUCAAAUCUGUUGAUUUCCGGAAAUAUUUUCGGGAUGAAGAACCAGAUGAAAGACCCUAUGGAGACCCAUAUAAUUUAUAUGUAGAUGAGGGCUUUCCCUUAGAAAUUGCUAUUGUCAAAGAUAACAAUAAAAUUGAGUGGAAACGACCAAAGGUAAAAGUUUUAGCUAUGGAUGUAUCAAAUAUUAUGAUAUUAAAUAGAAUUUUAUCAUAAAGUUAAUGUGCUGUCACUAUUAACCAUUAUUAUUAUCAUCUUAAUAACGAUAUAGCUGUUUCUUUUUAUUAUAGAAUUUAUUUAUACAUUAAACUUUAUACAUUUUAUAUGUACUAACUAAAUUUUUUUAAUGUCACGAAAUUAAAUAUUGACAAAUUUAUUUGUAUAUUUUGUCUAAAUAUUAAUGUAAUAACUUUUUUCUUUCAUUCAACUAAUCAAAAGAUAUAUUAAAUAUUUAUAUAUUUCUAUAGGAAUUUGCAGAAAAUCCAAGUUUAUUUACAGAUGGAGCUACCCGAUUUGACAUUGGACAAGGUUCAGCUGGCACUUGCUGGUUUUUAUCAAUUGUGGCUGACAUUGCUGACAAAAAGAACAUGUUAAGACAGGUAGGGCUUUAUGAUUCGAUUUUUAUCUGAAACUUUUAAACUUUAAAGUGAAAUAACUAAAAAAAUAUAAAUAUGUCUGUAAAUUCAUAAGCUGGAAGGGAAGCAAAUGAAGUUGCUUUGCACUAGAACUUUUAUCUCUGUUGUCUGUUUAAUUACUGAUUAUUUUUCAUUGGCUUAAUUGAGCAUCUUGAGGCUUGGAUGAUGUUAAAAAAAAAAAAAAUUAAAUAAUUGUUGAAGAAUAGUGUCAAUCACUGAAUAUGUUAUAAUCAUUUACAAAAGUUACAACAAUAGAGGUACAAAUUACUGCUGUUACAACAAAUAUUGAAACAGGAAUUAAUAUUAUAAUAGUAUUAUUUAUAUUUCUAAAAUAAAUUUUAAAUGCUUUAUAUAAUCUUCAAUGUAUUUUUUAUACAUAUAACCCUUGUGCCUGAUUAUUUAUUUAUUUGACAGGUAAUACCAGAUUCAGCCUAUAAUAUUGAUAACCCCCAGAAAUAUGAUGGUGUAUUUCAUGCCUGCUUUUUUAGAUUUGGUAAAUGGGAGGAUGUUUACAUUGAUGAUUAUCUUCCUGUUAUAUACGGAAAUGUGCUUUGGGGUGCCAAAUCAAGUACUGAUGACAAUGAGAUGUGGGUUGCCCUGUUAGAAAAAGCUUUUGCAAGGUACUCUUUUUAGAUGCAUUACUAAAAGCUUGCAUCUUUAAUUUUUGAAAGGAUCUUACAUUAUAGUUUGGCAUCAUUUAGAAUUUUAAUUGAAAGGGAAGUAUAAUUGUUGUGGUAAAAUAUUUUGAAAUUUUCUUGAAAUAUCACAUUUGCUACCUUUACUAACUCUCAUGGCUUCAGAAUAAGUAAGAAAGAAUAUUUUGAUAACUCUUAUCAAAAACAUUUUACCAUCUCCUGCAGUUUGGCAUUAUGGGUUACGAAUUAUGAAAAAUGAUUUAAUUUCUUGUGUCUCUUUGAUUAACUAAAUAAUAGCCAUUGAUUGUCUGACUGCUUAGAUUACAUGGCUCAUAUGAUGCUAUAUAUGGAGGGCAGCCAGGUGAUGCCUACCUGCAGCUAACUGGUGGCAUUGGGGAAAGAAUAGAACUUGAAGGUUUACAAGAUAAAGCCACAUCUGUCUUCAAUCGCAUCAGGAAUGCUUUAAGUAGUGACUGUCAAGUUACUUGUGUUGUGCCGGUAAGAUUCUAAAUAUGUAAUCCCCCUCAUGUUUGAUAAUUAAUAAAAUUCUAUGGCUCAUUCUAAUGCUAUGUUUCAAUGUUAAUAUGUAAAAUAAAUAGCUUAUUUCAUAAUUCAGUGGAUGUUAAAUUUGAUUUCAUCUUAACUUAAAUGUACAAUUUUUACCUAGAAUAUAAUGAAAUGGUUAACUUUAUAUUUUUCUCACACCAAGUUCUAGAGGAUUGGUAGAACCUAUACUAAAAAUAUAUUUAAGGCAUAAUUUUAUUUUAUACAAGAUUUCACUUUUUUUCAAACAUCAACCAAAUCUUAGGUAAAGAAAGUUUUAAAAGUGCUUGCUGUUUAAAUAGAAUGUUCCCUCCUUACAUUUCAGGAUGAGUAUGACAAUUAUAAAGGAUUGGUUGGUGGACAUGCUUACUCUUUGGUUGCAGCUAGGCAGGUAAGUUGUUUUCUUUCAUUUUAUUUACAUUCUAGUGUUCAGAGUAAAAAAAUAACAAAUGAAGUCAAACUUAUUAAAUGCAAUAUUACACAAAAAAUGGAUUUACACAAAUAUUUAUAUCCACAGCAAAAGCAAAUUUAAAGUAAUUAAUUUUGUUGUUUGUCGAAUUCAAUAAAUUUAUUUAUAUAAACUGCUAUAUAUAACUAAGUGAUUAACACACAGAAGUAACUAGUUUAGAAAUAUUUUGAAAUGUUUAAACCACAUUUUAUUGAUUCUUUUAAAGGUUGGAGAAACAAAAUUGCUUAGGGUCCGUAAUCCUUGGGGACAUGGUGAAUGGACAGGGGCUUGGUGUGAUGGGUAAAUCAUUAAGUUAAUAUUAGCACUAUGGCAUCUAAAAACAGUUGUUUUUUGCAAGUUAGCAAGUUUUUUAUAAUGAGAUAUAAAUGUAAGUUGGGGUUUUUUUUCUUCACAUUUAAAAAAAAAAAAAUUGUUGUUGUAAUAGUUAUUUUUCUGAAACAGGAGUAAAGAAUGGAAAACCAUUCCAGCAAAUGCAGUAGAAAACCCUAACAAAGAUGAUGGAGAGUUUUAUGUUUGUCUGUCCGACUUCAUGAAGUAUUUCUCACAGACAACUAUUUGCUCACUGACCCCCGAUUUUGAUAUGGAUGGAUGUUCAGAUUCUCUCAGUAUGUUGUUUGUGGAAACAAAUAUCUUUUUGUUAUAAUAUAGAUAUUUUUGCAAUACAUUUCAGGUUCUCUUGAUUUUUUUUUUUUUUUUUUUUUAAAUUUAAGAAUAUAAAUAUUUAACAUUUCAAUAAUAAUAAAAGCACAUGAUCUUUCUUUUUAAGAGAAACAGUGGUGCAGAGUUGUUUUUUUAAUGAAUUUUUUAAAUAACAUAACAAGACAAAUCAGUGCUAAGCAUUAUUUAUAGCAAGGCUGAGUUUUACUUACUUUUUAUUCAGUUCCUUUUGGUUCAAUAUAAUAAAGUGGCUUGGCUUAAUCCCUGCAAAAUUAUUUCAAUAUUGCCCAUUAACUUCUUCAAAAUUAAAUGUCUUGUAAUGAUAACCAUUUAGCAAUAAAAUUAGAUAUGGCCUGCACAUUGCUAUUUGUAUUACCUUACAUGAAUUGUGAAUUUAAACUUUCCCUAUGCUGAUCUUGUACAGCAUAAAAUUAGAUGCAAAUAAAUUACUCUUUUUUCUUUCACAGACCAUAUUUUAAGUAUUUAUGGAGAAUGGAAAGGCAAGACAGCUGCAGGGUUUCACAAGAUUUUACAAAAUCCACGUUUUUAUUUCACUCUUCCAUCUAUAGGUAUAAUCUUAAUAUAAUUUAUUUUGAAAGCAAAAAUUCAAAGUGAAAAUAUUUCUUAAUUUAGAUAAUUUUUGUUACAUCAUAUAUUCAUAAAAAUUUGCUUUAUUUUUUUUAAAUUUUAUUUUAGUAUAAAAAUAUGUAAAUUAUGUUUUAUGUAUGUUUUUAGGUGCUCUGGAAGAUGGCAUGGUUCCUUUUGUUGUUCAAAUGAUUCAACAGUCAAAGAAGAGACAAACUGAUAACAUUUCUAUCCGAUGUGAUGUAUUUAAAGUUAGUAGGGCAAUUUUUUUUUUUUUUCUUAACAUAAUUUUUUUUUUACUAGACCAAAUUGUACACCAUUUAUUUAAUUUAAGACUCCCGCAUUUUAGAACAUACACACUGAAAAUUUGCAUAAAAGUGUUCACGUACUGUCCACUUUUAAUCCUUGAAAAUAACAGUAUUCUAUUGAUAGCCCAGUAAAGUUCUAUUGUAAGAAUCAGCCAUGUAGUGGAGCUAUUCAUCUGACAAGGUUGUGAAAAUAAGGAAAGCAAUAUAAAAAAGAUCAUUUUUAAAAAAAUUAAGUUUUUUUCUUUGAUCCACAACUACCAAAAAAAGCCUUUGCCAAUUUUCUACUCUAGUAAAAAUUAAAGUCAUAUUUCAUAAAUCCUAAUUUCCACACUUAAUUUGAAUGAUAAAAACUGAAGUAAAUAAUUGUGUAAGUCAUUGGUAUACUCAACUUUAAACCUAAUUCAAUUUCAUAUUUUAAAAAAAAAACAUUUUGUAAAUUUUACUUUUAUCAUUUAAAUUUUGCCAGACUAUAAUUAUGUUCCCAGCAAAUCAGGCCAAUCUAAUUUCAAAUCACGACUUUUUCCUUAUGCAGGUUUUGGGUGAUAAAAUUCACAAUACUGGUCGUUGUAUAGCACUUGAAAUCCAGGGACAGAAGAACAAUGUCUACAGCCCAGAAAUCCAGACUUCAUUCAGGUUCAAGCUUAAGCCAGGGCGCUACAUGAUCAUUCCAUCAUCUGUUGAUGAGGGUCAGGAAAAAGCGUUCUUGCUUCGUCUCUUCAGUCCGGCAGCCUUGGAAUCUGUGAAGUAUGUUUAUACUAAUGGUUUUAAUCAUAUUGCAAAUUAUAGAUUUUUAUUUUUUCACUCCUGGCUUUGGCAUGGUUGUAAUAAUAUUUUAUAAAGACAACCUGUAGGUAUAUUUUGCCUCCAUCUCAAGUGGAUAUAUUUUUCUUGGUUAUUAUUAAUAUUAUCUGAAACUGUCCAUUAUAGCUACUAAAGCACUAUUUUUUAAAAUAAUGUAUACUUAAACUUUAUAUUUUGUAGGGAGAUACCCCAUGAUGUGUAUCUUGCAUCCAGUGAAAAUGAAGAAAGUUUUAGUGUUAAAGGAAAAACAUACCAACUCAGUAAGUUAGAGAUACUUUUGUUAUUUCAUGACUUCCCCUUCACAAUAUUUAUCAUUGUUUCUUUUUACAUUUAGUGGUGUUUUAUAAUGUAAGUGUAAGUUCUUAUAUCUUUUUAAUUUUUCUCAAUAAGAAAAUUAAAUAAACUUUAGCAUUCAUGAUACAAAAAAAAUAUUUUUAUAUUAAUACAAAUCAUCCAUUUCUUUUCAUACAUAUUUUGAAAAUCAGCUUUUGAAAAAACCCUAUUUGGAGAAUUUAUUAGUGGACAAAACGCUGGUGGUCAGGUGUCUAAUCGAGCCAGUUACCAUACAAAUCCACAGUACCUUCUGACUAUUCCAGAUUCAGGUGAGAGUUUUUAUUCUAUUCUUAUUAGCAAUUGCAAUUGGUUAGCAUAAACUUGCAUCACUUUCUAUGUAUAAAUUUCAUUUAAAUAUUAAAUAGAUAGCAUAUAAUUUAAAUACCGGUAUAUAGCAUGUAAUUUAAUUUUAUAUAUAUAUAUAUAUAUAUAUAUAUAUAUAUAUAUAUAUAUAUAUCAUACACAUAAAAUAAACAAAACUUAUAUAAAAUAUAUAAUAUAUUUAAUAUUAAAUAGAUAACAUAUAAUAUAAAUAGAGAUAUAUAGCAUGUAUUUUAAUUUUAUAUAUAUAUAUAUAUAUAUAUAUAUAUAUAUAUAUAUAUAUCAUCCACAUGAAAUAAACAGAACUGAUGUAAAAAAUACAAUUUAGUUUUAUAAAAACUACUUACGGCAAUAACAAUGGUGAUCACUUAAGUUUUUAAUGAUGCUCUGUUUCUUGUUGUAUUUUCAUUUGUCCUGUUUGCUGAGGAAGCCUCUUAGCCAAAACGUUCACAUCUUAACGACCUGUCUUUUGAUUCAAGCUUCCACAUACCUUGUUCUUCUAUUUCAUUCACACAGCUUGAACACAGUCCUUCAUUUAUUACACCUUUUUUUUUUACCAUUAUUCUACAGGCAGUCUAGUUCCAGUUGUAGUUCACAUAAUGCAGACUAAUGAGGAUCCUCAGUAUCCUGUUGGUCUCAGACUUUUCAAGGUUACAUCCCUUUAGUUACAUCUAGAAAUUACUUAGUCCCUAUAGGACUGGAAUAAUAUUUUGUAUUUUUAAUAGUAAAUCAUAUAGAAACAGACUUUAAAAAAGUCAGAAUAUUCAGAUCCUGAACAAUUAACAUAAAAUUUUUUAAAUAACCUGUUUUUAGAGAUUUGAUGGGUAUUGAGAUACACACUACCAUGCCAUUGUAGCAAACAUUAAUUAUAUGAAAUAUAAAUACCUUUUGAAGUAUUAUGAAAAGGUUCAAAGAUCAAUUACUUUAAUGAUAUAUAAUUAUUAACCUUGCUAACCACAGCUGCAGAAUGGCAAGAACCCACCAUUGGAUGCCCAAUAUCUCUAUGAGAACUACAGCAAUAGCCCUGAGCAUAUUGAAGGUUCCCAAUCUAAAUUUGUUAUCUCAUGGGAUGUUGAUGUGCGUUACAUGCUUCCAUCCGGAAGAUACAUUGCUCUUGUCCAUCUUGAUGAACCUAACACUGAAAAGGGAUUUUCCAUUUUAUUCAAGUCUGACAGGCACAUUAAUAUCAAGUAAUCAUAAUUUUUAUGUGAUUCUAUUACUGAAAUAGCUAUAGUUUCUAGUCUUGAAAGGUUACUUUAAAAGGAAAGUAUAUUAAAUUAAUCUCAGGAUGCUUAAAAACACAUUUUCAGAAAAAAUUCUUUAACAUAAAAAUUUACAGCAAUACAAUAACCUUUUUUUUUCUUUUUAAACGUGACUUUGUUUUAUUCUCUAUUUCUCAGAGGUUUCCAAACAGGAUAAAAGAUCUUAUGCAAUCAUGACCGUCUUUGAGUUGUGAGAAUUGUAAGAAGAAAUAUUCAGAGCACUUUUUUAUGUCAUCAGAAACUCUUAGACAGCAUCACAGAGCAUUAGUGUUGUUUUUUUUUUUUAAAACAUCUAUUACUUUAAAAAGCUUAAUGUUCAAUGCCGGUACAUUUAUUACAGGCAAUUUUUAAGAAAUAAAUUUUUUUGAAAAAAGGCAACUGAAAUAAAAAGAAUGUCUGUUUUAAUCAUUUGGUUAACCUUUUUUAGAAAUAAUCUAAUUUAUUAGCAUUCAAUAUCAUGUCAAUUUAAAUGCACCGUGAUCAACAGGCUGUCCUGAAAAUCUAAAUUAAAACUGUGAAUUUAAUGUUUCAAAAUUCUUUAAAUGAGCUUAAAGUAGAUAAAUACAAGUUUAUUUUUAUAUUAUGCAUUUUUACUUUUCAUUUGCUUCAUAGCAUUAACAAAAUCAUCAUGUCUCUGAUCUCAAAAGUACUUCAGUGGUAGUAAAUUUGUUUCAUAUGUCCUGUCCUAUAUUGUUCAGUUUGAAAUUAUGUUUAAAGUUCUUUGAAUUAUUUACAAGAGAACUCUGUUAAUGUAGUGUUAUUUUAAAAUCUCUGAUAUCAAAAGUAAUUUAGUGGUAGCAUUAAUAUUAUGCAUGUUUUAUACUUUACUAAUCGUAGUCCUGUAUUAUUCAAUUGGAAAUCAUGUUAAGAAAUCAUCAAAUUCUUCACAAGGGAACCUUGCUAAUGUAGUGUUGUUAUUUUAUGAUUACUCAUAUCUGAAGCUUUUUAAUUUGUAAUAAACCAGUAGACGUACUUAAUAUGUUUUAUAACUAUUUUUAUUUAAAAAUUAUUGAACAAAAAAAACUAGAUUAAUAAAAGAUACAAUUUAAAACUAGUUCAGCCAAAACUUAUCAAGCAUUAGCUACUUUUGAAGGAAUUUCUGCAAGAAAACCUUUAACAAAAAUGUGCAACUUUAACAAAAAUGAAAACCCCACCCACACGCACAUCUUUCCAAAAUAGCCUCAUGAGAGUUAAAAUGUUACAUCAAUUUCAUUAGUCUUUUGUGUAAUAUUUGCUAAUAAUUUAAUAAUUUUGUUAAUUUAUGCUGUAGCUAAUAGCUCUCUUAAGUAAUCAAGGGUUUCUAAGGACUUAUUAUAUUAAGUGCCUCUUCGUGGCAGUUUUUUAUUAUGUUUUCAC